AAAGCAAUGAGGAGUUUCCGAAACUUCCAGGAAAAAGCCAUAAACUUCGCGAUCUAAUAAGCUUAUUUAACUCUACUUACCAAAACUUCGAAGUUGCACACAAUUUUGGAAACCAUAAGGAGAAAAAUAAAGCGUUGUUCUUGAACGGGUUGAUUCUGGAUGAAAUUGCCAGAAAACACAGCAGAACACGAGGAAUAGGAAGCAGCUGUCUAACAGCUUAUAAGCGGGCGGCAAGAAAAUAUUAUCAAUUUGCCCGGGAGUUUGGUAAUGUUAAGAUUUUGAACGAGCCGUGUUCGCAUUACGCAUUUGGCUCCGUAAGUGAGGAAGUCUUCGAAGCAUUUCUCGAAGAAAUGCAUGAUAAUGAUACAGAUGUUGGGACGGACAUAAAGGGAGAGGGUGGAAGUGAAGAUUGUGCUAGCUCAGCAGAGGAAGGAGAAACUGAAGAAGAUGAAGAUGAUAGUAGCGUAGAUAUGACAUUACAUGAUUCCUAUUAG